AAUUCAUCGCCACCAAUAAUUCAAGAAGAAAUAUCAAUGAAAUCAGAUUAUGGAACUGAGAAAGAUCAAAUCAAUUGCCCGUUUUAUCUCAAAACUGGGGCAUGUAGAUAUGAUAAUUUAUGUGGUCGUCAUCAUCCGUAUCCUGAUAAAAGUGUUACAAUUCUAAUCAAGAAUAUGUAUGAGGGUAUGCCAAUUCAAUUAGCCGAUGAAGAUAAUGAUGAUAAUUUGGAG